CGUGAAGGCAGCAGCAGGCAGCGGAGGGACCGGGCUGAGGCUGCAGGAGUGGUUCCGCCGCCCGCUCACAUGUCUGCACUUUGUUCAGAGACAGCGGAGCGUCCAGCUGAGCCGACACCGAACUGUAUCACGUCCCGGAUCCGGUGGCAGAACCGGGAUCCCAGCGGAGCCGGACCCGAGACACAGAGUGACGAGGCUGACGACGUAUCUCCCACCUGCUGCCACAGAAACCGGUGACGCGAGCGGCUGGAUGCUGUCUCCCCUCUACCUCUGCACAGUGACGAUCCCUCAGAGAUGACUUCAGCCACAGACCUGCAGGCGGCCGGAGGACUCGGGUCCCUUCAGGUCCUGAUGUUGUGUCUCUGGCUGCUGCAGCCUGAGACCAGCGCCGCCUCAGCCUGGAGCCAAACGGGGCCUCGGCUGCAGCUCUCCCACUCAGAACUGAAGAACAGCUCGGCCGUGUUCUGGCGGGCCGGCGCCGGUGGCUUCCAGCCGCUGCUGCUGGACGAGGACCGAGGCUGGUUACUGGUCGGAGCCAGAGACCACAUCUACCUGCUGAGGCCCGACGGCCUGGACCUGCCCACGCAGGCGGUGAGACAGGGAGCGGGUCGGGGGUUCUGUUCACGGGCUUCGGGUCAGAGCGGCUGUGCUUCUGUCCUGCAGGUCCACUGGCCGGCUGCCAGGGAACACGUGGAGCACUGCCGGCAGGCGGGGAAGAGUGUGGAGAGCGACUGCGCCAACUUCGUGCGGCUGCUGCAGCCGUUCAACCGGACCCACGUCUACGCCUGUGGCACCGGCGCCUUCCACCCACAGUGCACCUACCUGCACCUGGGCCACAGCCCCCAGCAGCCGUUCGGGUCCGUGUCGCCCUCGGAGUCGGGCCGAGGAAAGUGCCCCUUCAGCCCCAGAGAGCCGUUCACCGCCCGGCUGACGGAUGGAGAGCUCUUUGCUGGGACCUCGGUGGACUUCAUGGGAGCCAACGCCGGCGUGUUCCGCACGUCGCUCCAGGGCAGCAGCCAACAUUCAAUCCGGACCGAGCCCUACGACCAGAACUGGCUGAACGAACCCGACUUCGUGGGCUCCUUCUCCAUCCGUGACACUCACAGCCCAGACGACGACAAGGUCUACGUGUUCUUCAAGGAGCGCGCGGCGCCGGCGGCCGGACAGUGGGACCGGCGGGUCUACAGCCGCGUGGCUCGGGUCUGCAAGAAUGACGUCGGGGGCAGAAGGAGUCUGAUCAACCGCUGGACCACCUUCCUCAAAGCCAGGCUGCUCUGUUCUGUUCCCGGCCCGUCGGGAGUCGACACGCAGUUCGAUGAGCUGGAGGACGUCUUUGUUCUGGAGACCAAGGACCCUCAGAACCCCCUCGUCUACGGGGUCUUCAGCACAUCCAGCUCCAUAUUUCGUGGUUCAGCCGUGUGUGUCUUCUCCAUGGCGUCGAUCCGUGCUGCGUUCAACGGCCCGUUCGCCCAUAAAGAAGGUCCGGACUCUCGCUGGGUCGAGUACAAGGGCCGCAUCCCGUAUCCCCGACCCGGAACGUGUCCCAGCGAGACCUACGAUGCCCUUCACAAGUCCACCAAGGACUUCCCUGAUGAGGUGGUGAGCUUCAUGCGGCAGCAUCAGCUGAUGUGGGAGCCCGUCCUGCCGCUGGGCGGGAAACCCGUCCUGACCCGGGUCAACACGCCGCACCUGCUGAAGAAGGUGGUGGUGGACCGGGUGGAGGCGGAGGAAGGGCCCUACGAUGUGCUGCACCUGGGCACAGAUGAUGGGAAAGUGGUGAAGGCCGUGUCGGUGAUUAAAGACAACUGGGACACAGAGGAGCUGGUUCUGGAGGAGCUGGCUGUGUUCCAGAGUCCGACUCCCGUCCUGAGCAUGGAGCUGUCCACCAAGCGACAACAGCUGUACGUGUCCAGCGAGCUCGGCGUGGCCCAGCUCGGCCUGCAGCGCUGCGAGCUGUACGGCGCCGGCUGCGCUGAGUGCUGCCUGGCCAGAGACCCGUACUGCUCCUGGGACGGACAGACCUGCUCCAGGUUCUUCCCCAGCAGCCGGAGGCGAGCGCGGAGGCAGGAUGUGAAGUAUGGAGACCCCUGGAGCCAGUGUCCCAUCACAGAGGACGACUCUGCCUCGGUGCAGGUGAAGCCGCUGUACGGAGUGGAGGGAAACUCCACCUUCCUGGAGUGUCUCCCUCGGUCCCCGAAGGCCCAGCUCAGAUGGACGCUGCAGCAGGUGGAGACCCGGCCCAUUCCUGGCCAGGACCUAGAGCUCCCUCACAGCGACCGUCACCUGCACAUGGGCCGGGGUUUGCUGCUGCAGCACCUGGAGCCGGCCGACGCCGGCACCUACACCUGCUCCAGCCGCGAGCACUCGUACAGCCACGUCCUGGCCCGGUACCGCCUCCACGUCAUCCCCAGCAGCAGCCUGCCCCCGGGCGCGGCGGGGGGCGGCCCGGUGGGGGGGGGCUCCGCCGGGGUGCCCCUCGCUCCAGCCGCUCCACUGCCGGGACACAGGCUGCAGCCGCUCCCCUGGCGCAGGUUCAAAGACCUGCAGCUGGGGAGCAACAGUCCGAGCGUGGACGAGUACUGUGAGCAGCUGUGGCACCGGGAGAAGCGCCGGCAGCAGAAGUUCCGCGAGAAGCUGAAGCACGAGGGCAGGAAAGCCCGCGUGAGGAGGAACAACCCGCCCCAGGUUCCUCUCUAGCUGCAUGGGGGGAGGAGCAUCAGAGGAGCAAACGGGAGCUGGCGUUGCAACAUCCGCCCAUGUAGAAACAAGGGUUCCAGAGCAGCAACUAAAACUAUCAAGGUUUUAACUACAGCAACAUUAGAAGCAAAUGUUAAUAUAAAGCCUUCAGUCGGAUUGCAGAUCUGAUCUCACUAAUAAACAAGUAGUAGAGGUAUCAUGUAAUUAAAGAGAAGAAUAGAAUCUGGUCAUGUCAAUCAAACACGUUGGGUUUAACCACAGGACGAGCAGAUUGUGCCAAAGCUCAGCAGGAAACAUUACAACUCAUGUGUAACAGCUGCUCGUGAGUCGCUGCGUUGUCAGUGCUCAGAUGCUGCUGAACACGUAAGAACUGUGCCAGCAUGACUUCAAAUAUUAUACAGACAUAUUUCAAGAUUUUGGAGUUUUUGGUUGAACAUUGAAUUUAGUAACAGAUACAUAUGACAUGUGUGUUUGUGGUGCUGAUCUACACCGUUGGGAUCUAGGCCUUGGGUGAAACACACACAUGGAAUGGACCUUGCUUGAAAAUGUAUGUAAAGCUUGAUAAUUCUGCGACAUAUCUACUAAUAUUAUUCACACUAUGUAUAUUACAGAACUCUAUUUUUGAUAGUUUCUUUCUUUUAGUACAUUUUUAUUCCAGUGUUAUGUCAUAAAUUGUCAUAAAUACAAUGGGAACAUGUUUUGUUACUUUACAUUUUAAUAAACUUUAAGAACUCUUGAGAAA